CGCAAACAGUCCCCACACUUUCAAUAACUAUAAAUUUUGAGUCAACCCAAUCGAAGCUUUCAAACGACGACGUCUGGCUCCCGCAAUCAGUAUAAAACCGCCGUCUUCUGCCGUCUAAACUCUUUUAACUCCGCCGCCGCUUCUUCUCAUCUCCGCCAGCAGAACCUCCAAUGGGUACUGCCUACCCCAGAGACGAAAAUUAUCUAGAAAUUGUUGUUCCUAGGCGUAUCGCACUCUUCGUAUCUAUCCAAAACCAGCAACGCCUUCAGCGCCUUUCACUCUCCCCUGAUCCUAUCAAGAUUGAGUUACCGAAUGGAACUGUGAAGGAGGGGAAGAAAUGGAAUACUACGCCUUUGGAUAUAGCGAAGGAGAUAUCGAAGAGCUUGGGUUCCAAUGCUUUGAUAGCAAAGGUGAAUGGGGUGCUUUGGGAUUUGUUGAGGCCAUUGGAAAGUGACUGUAAGCUCGAGCUCUUCACUUUUGACAGUGACGAGGGUCGCGAUACGUUUUGGCACUCGAGUGCGCACAUUCUUGGCGAGUCAUUGGAGAGGAAAUAUGGCUGCAAAUUGUGUAUUGGACCUUGUACAACAAGAGGAGAGGGUUUCUAUUACGAUGCCUUUUAUGGUGAUCUGGGGUUAAAUGAGGAUCAUUUUAAAGGGAUUGAGGCAGAGGCAGCAAAAGCUGUGUUGGAGAAACAGCCUUUUGAACGCAUUGAAGUUUCACGGCAACAAGCUCUUGAUAUGUUCUCUGAUAAUAGGUUUAAGGUUGAAAUCAUUAGAGAUUUACCUGAAGACAAAACAAUCACUGUAUAUAGAUGUGGUCCCUUGGUUGAUCUAUGCCGUGGUCCGCAUAUACCAAAUACAUCUUUUGUUAAAGCACUAGCUUGUACAAAGGCUUCAUCAGCAUAUUGGAGGGGAGACAAGGACCGAGAAAGCUUGCAAAGAGUUUAUGGAAUAUCUUAUCCAGAUAAGAAACAGUUAAAGGAAUAUCUAGCGAUGCUGGAGGAAGCAAAGAAAUACGAUCACAGAGAGCUGACUAAGAAGCAGGAGCUUUUCUUCUUUCAUCCAUUAAGCCCUGGAAGUUGUUUCUUUCUUCCACAUGGUGCUCGAAUUUGCAACAAAUUGCUGGAGUUCAUACGGAGUCAGUAUUGGAAGAGAGGCUACGAGGAGGUAACUAGCUUUGUGCUUAAAUUUAUUAGUUGGAAGGACUAUUUGAACCACAGUGGAACCAAUGUUUGGAGUCCAAAUAUGUACAAUAUGCAGUUAUGGGAAACUUCUGGUCAUGCUGCAAAUUAUAAGGAGAACAUGUUUGUGUUUGAGAUUGAAAAGCAAGAAUUUGGGCUGAAGCCAAUGAACUGCCCGGGUCAUUGUUUAAUAUUUGAUCACAGGGUUCGCUCCUACAGGGAGCUACCACUUCGUCUGGCUGACUUUGGGGUUCUGCACAGGAAUGAGGCCAGUGGUGCACUUACUGGCUUAACACGUGUCAGGAGAUUUCAGCAGGAUGAUGCACACAUCUUUUGCAGAGAGUCACAGAUUAAGGAUGAAGUCAAGGGUGUCUUAGAGUUCAUCAGCUAUGUGUAUAAGAUAUUUGGUUUCACUUUUGACCUGAAGUUAUCAACGAGGCCUGAAAAAUAUCUCGGAGACAUAGAAACUUGGGUAAAGGCUGAAGCUGCUCUUUCUGAAGCAUUGAACGAGCAUGGGAAGCCCUGGGAGAUCAAUGAAGGAGACGGAGCAUUUUAUGGCCCAAAAAUUGAUAUAAGUGUUUCUGAUGCAAUGAAGAGGAAAUUCCAGUGUGCGACAUUGCAGCUUGAUUUCCAACUCCCUCAACGUUUCAACCUAUCAUACUCAGCAGAAGAUGAAAGUAAGAGAGAGAGACCAGUUAUGAUACAUAGAGCGAUCCUUGGGUCAGUUGAGCGUAUGUUCGCUAUUCUUUUGGAGCAUUUCAAAGGGAAAUGGCCUUUCUGGCUUAGUCCACGUCAAGCUAUGGUCUGCCCUGUUUCCGAUAAAUCGCAGUCAUAUGCACUUAAGCUCCGGGAGCAGAUACAUGAUGCUGGUUAUUACGUUGAUGUUGAUACAAGUGACAGGACAAUCCAGAAAAAGGUACGAGAGGCUCAAGUGGCACAAUAUAACUAUAUUCUGGUUGUUGGAGAAGCUGAAGCCACUAGUGGGCAGGUGAGUGUUCGAGUGAGAGACAAACCUGAUCAUCAAGUCAUGACAGUUGACGUUCUCCUUGCUCACUUCAAAGAUAUGGUUGCAUCAUUUCAGUAAGAGUCGCCACUUCUCUUGCAUUAUAUCCCCAAGGUCUCUGGUGAGCGCAGCACGCUAGACUCAUGGACACGGAUUUGAAACCUUGCUGCAGAAGAACGAACACCUAGUAUUUUGAUCCAUUGUAGGUAUUACAUUAUAAAUCCAGUAGGAUACUUUUUGACUUGAAUGGUUUUCAAUAGCAUGUUAGUUUCAUCUUAUUCU